AUGACACACUCUAUUUUGGGCGACCUCUGUCAACCACCCACACUUACAGCUCCCACUGAAAAAUAUGCACGCAUUGUUGACGACUCAACCACUGAACUCCAUCAACCUGUUCAAUCGAUCUUGUCAGCUUUAGAUCGUCGCGCCAAUGCAUUGUCAAAGUGUGCCGACUUUAAUGCAGCCCUUCGAGAUGCGAACGUUAUGCAACAACUCUCAUCGUCUUCAGCACUCGGCUAUUUACGAGAAGCGAUCAUUUAUACGGAACAAGGAAAGCAGCUUAAGGCGAUCGAUAGUACACGCAUUGACUUUAUCAGCCAACUACCUCUCGACAUUGUUAUCACAACGCUCAUUCCCCUGUUUUUUAAUCAAUAUUUGUCGGCAUCCGAACCAUGCCCAUAUUUAUAUGUUUCCAAUCGAUGGUUUGAUCUUAUUAUUCAAUGCCUUGGUGGUUUCAAUUUUUCGGUUUCUGGUUCAGGCCCGCUCAGUAUGGAAAAUGUUUCAGAACUCGUUCGAUUUUCAAGAUACGCAAGGAAUUUGUACGUUCACCGGGAUGGACAAGGGACAUGGUUGAAUGACAUGCUGCGUGACAAUGACUUUUCUUCGUUACGGGAACUGGAAUUUGGAAUCAUCCCUCUCGGUUACAGUGACCCUCUUGGAUCGAUCUUGAGGUCGGUUGGCAGCCAUUUGACACAUUUCCAGUCGACUAUGGAGUGCGGGCUCUUGAUACCAGUAUCCGGCAUAAUAUUGAUUUGCCCCAAUCUUGUAUCACUCGAUGUCCACCUAUCCAAUGACGCCAAUUUCUGCUCCCUUCCAAUGUCAACAUGGCCCAAUUUAAACGAAUUGAGCAUCUUUGCUGCUGAAGAGGAUAUAAGCUGCGAGCAGGUCAUCGGCAUUUGGAAGCGCUUCCCAUCACUCAAAAAGCUUUCCCUUCACCCAUGUUCGGAUAUCGAAUCGGCACUUGUUGUUACAGAUCACUUUCCUUCCAUGAGACGCCUUGAGCUUGAGAUCGACGAUGUGGGCAUCCGGAUUAUCUAUGAAGAUGAAGGGCAACACUUUGAGGAGCUUGGCAUCACCAAUCUUUGUGUAUCCUGCAACCAAAUGUCAAUCGAUAAUACGUAUGAAUGUGUCACUUCUCUAUUACAAAAGCAUCACAAGACUCUUGAGCAAAUGGAAUGGCAUGUGGAUCCUAGUAUCAACGGGAUGGAUCUUCAGGACAUCAAGUACCCUCGCCUUACAACGCUUAUUCUCUUCACUUCUGGAUGGUGGAUCCCACGCAAUGCACCGCUGCUGGAACAGCUGCAAAUAGAACCGAGCAUCAUCAAAUACAACCCUGAAGUGAUUCGUACAAUACCACCCAAUUUGAAGAGGCUAUCUUUUGAAUUUCCACGCAAUAUCGGAUCAUCCAUCAAACAAUCUCCCUGUCGCCUUGGUCAACUUCCUCAAUUACGGCAACUUGACAUGAACCUAUCACUCCCGCAGGAUAUCAGUCAUAUUUUUGAUGGAAGCUUUUGCCUUGAUCAGUUGCAACGUUUGAAGCUUUGGUUCAGAGAUGACUUGGAUUCGUAUCAAAUGGAGGGAUUUAUUGAAGGCCUUGUGAAAGGAUGCCCACAUUUACUUUGCCUUGAGGUCGAAUGCGGCAACGCGCCACCAACAUCUUUUGUGAAUGCUUUGAACCCCCUUGAACAUUUAAAGCAACUUGCAAUCUCAAUCAAGGCCGUGGAUGAUGAUGGCAGCUUUUGGAAGGCGAUUCAAAGCUUUACUCAUCUACAAUCGAUUCGGGUCUAUCCCUGUAUGGCGGCUAACAUGGAUGACAUUCGGCAUCUGAAGAAGCAAAGACCUGAUUUGCAUAUCACCCUCGACCCAUAUUUUACGCGUUUCUAA